CGAACACUGUGUGACUUACUGAGUAGUCAUUCUCAUUUUGUGCCCGACAAUUCGGUUGAAAAUUGCAUUUUCUGCUGAAAAUAGACGUGCGAGCAGUGACCGCGGCUUAGUAAAUUAAAAUAUAGCCAACGCAACAACAAUAAAAUGUCGACAGCAAGCUCAAUUCCUCCGCCAGUUUCCUGGGCUCAGCGCAGCGAUUUGAUUUAUGUUAUCAUCGAUGUGGAAUGCAAAGACAUUGAACACAAAGUGACAGACAAGACCUUCACUUUCAAGGGUGUAAAUGCACUUGACGCCUCCAAAAAGUACGAGGUCACAUUGAACUUUUACAAUUCGGUUGAUCCGGAGAAGGUGACUAGCAAGAAUAUUGGACGCUGUUUGGAAUUCACAAUACCCAAGAAGGAGAACGGUCCCUACUGGCCAACACUGACCACAGAUAAGACCAAAUUGCACUUCUUGAAGGCUAACUUUGCCAAGUGGCGUGAUGAGUCUGACGAAGAGGAGGGUGGUGAUGCUAAGGACAACGGAAUGUUUAGCAACUUCUUAAAUAGUCCGGGAGGCGAUUGGAACAACAAAUUUGAUGAUUUCAAUGUCGACGAAGAUGACGACUCCGACGAUAACAUACCCAGUCUAUCGCAAAAUGAUGAUGAGGACGAAGGUGGGGAGGGCGACAAAGACAAGAAGCCAGCUGCCUAAGCAGCUUGCUGUUUGGGCAUUUUUUGAGUAAUAGAGUCGUAGCAUUAGCCGAGACCCCUAUACCGUUAAGUCACACAUACACACACACACAAAAGGACAAACACAAUCAUGCGUUCGUAAACACCUAUUCCGAAAACACUAGAGUAGAAUAUGCGGCAUGUCAGCAGAAGCAAGGAAAAGAAAAAGGAACAAAAAAUUAAUUUUACGCUGGAUUUUCAUCCCAAUAACUAAAACUGGAAAAAGCUACAACCAAUUCAUUGCGAAGUUUCAUUUGCAAUUUAUUAUUUUUUGUUUCCUGUAAAUAAAGGGAAUUAAAAUAAAAUAUAAAAAUCUUAA